CAAAAACAAAGUACCAUCCAGACUCCCUAAUAUCACAAGACAGUAACAGGAAAGCAUCUAUCAAAUUCCAAGAAGAAUAGCAAAGAGUAAGGCUUUCCACAAAGAGAAGACGCUUGAUUGAAACAAACUUUUUAGUGCGUUGACAACCCCAUAUUUUUCAUACAAGCUGUGUCCUGUCAAAUGGCUGUUGAACAAGUGAAGAAGGAGAAACCCUCUAAUGGUCCACCAAAGACCAAAGUGAUUCGUGCUCCUGGAUCUCAAAUUGAAAGAGUUGCACAGGCUUGUGACCGGUGUAGACUAAAGAAAACUAGAUGUGAUGGUAAAAGACCCCAAUGUUCCCAGUGUGCUGCUGUUGGAUUCGAAUGUAAGGUCAGUGAUAGACUAAGUCGUCGUGCUUUCCCAAGAGGUUAUACUGAAACUUUGGAAGAGAGAGUUCGUGAGUUGGAGGCGGAAAACAGAAGGCUAACUGCCCUUUUGGACCUUAGAGAUGAACAAAUGGAACUAUAUUCAAAAGUUGAAAGCACUCCUGACCUAAGUGAUAGUACUGGGAACCAUCAGCCUCUAAGCUCUUCAAACCUUUCAUUGUUAAAUAAAGGCCAUGACCAAAAUUCAAAGAAUGGUAAUGGUGGUUUAUCCCUGAUGACGGAAUAUAUUGAUCAUGAUCCAAAACAUGUUCAUUCAGGUCCUGGUUGUUGCGCCAACUAUCCACAUUCAGUUAAUGAAAGACCUGUCUCCAUUGCAGGGUCCGUUGAUUUAGAUAAUGGUGAUUUAACAGAUGAUGAAGCUUUACCUUUCAAUCAUGACUUUUCAGAUAGUUUCAAUCAUAACAGCAAUAAUCCAAACAAUGUCAGUUUUGAACAAAAUCAAGCACCUGGAUUGCCUGCAGCUAUGGCAAUUGCAAGAAUGAAUAACUCAAAUAGUAAAAGAACUCAACUAGCCACAUUAGUGGCAAUGUCGAUUCCAAGAAGUACCGAGGAGACUUUAUUCAUCCCAUCAUUAUUAUCCAAAAUUGGUGAAACUCAUGGCUUAGACUCAAGAGCAUGCUUAACUACAGCAACUGCAAUUGCUUCGUUAAAGGAAAUUCCAAAGAUUAAUUCCAAAUUGAUCCAAGAGAAGAAUAACAUUAUUAAUUUCACAAAUAUCAAUUUUAAGACAAUCACACCUGCUGAAUCUAAUUUAUUUUUCAACAAUUUGAAAUUACCACCAAAAUAUCAUCUUGACCAAUUAAUCACCAUUUAUUUCCAAGAAUGGGGGAUGAUCAUUCCAAUUUUGGAUAAGAAUGAUUUCCUAAAGCAAUAUGUUCAAUUUGCCAAAUCAUUUGAAAAUAAAUUUAAUGAUAAUGGGAUGGUUUAUAAAGAAAGAUUUGGUGCAAUAAUGAUUUUGAUUGUUCAAUUGGCAUUAUUGUGUCAAAAAAAUCAUAAUAAUGCAGGUUCUUCGCCAAAUGGGGAUUCACCAAAUAGUAAUUUCCAAGAUGCUGAUAAGGAUCAAAUCUUGUAUUAUGAUUAUUUGAUCCAUCAAUUGAUUAAUUCAUCAAUUGCAUCAACUUGUUCAAUCCAAUCUUUACAAAUCUUGAGUUUAGCGUUGUUUUAUUGUUUAAACACUGGUGAUGUUAUAACUUCAUAUGGAUUACGUGGUCGUGUUAUUACAAUGGCUCAACAAUUAAGAUUACAUAGAUGUCCAUCUGCAGUGUUGGGUAAUACUGGUUCUACAGUGUCAAAAUUCCAGCAAGCUGAAAGACGUAUCUUGUUUUGGUGUAUUUAUACAUUAGAUACCUUUGCUUCUUUACAAUUGGGUGUUCCUAGAUUAUUAAAAGAUUAUGAAAUUGAGUGUGCUUUACCAUUUGGUAAUGAUAAUUUGGAUGAUGAUAAUAAUAUAAAUAUUUUGAUUGUGAAUAAUAAUCAAGUUCCAUUAGUUGGUAAAGUUUGUAAUUUAUCAUUAGCCAUUAUGAGAUAUUCAAAAGUUUUAGGGAAUGUUUUGGAUUCAAUUUUUAAGAGACAUAGUCAUUCAUCUUCAGAUAAUUUCCAAGAAUUAACUUUAAUCCAUGAAAAUUUGUUGGAUAAUUGGAGAAGAGAUUUACCUCCAAAUAUUAAAUUUGAACUAGAUGUUAAUGGAUUAUUAAAAGAUUCCAAAAAAUUAACAAAUGAUAAACAAAUGUUAUUAGUGCUGUUGUAUUAUUCUGCAAAGAUUUUGAUUCAUUUACCAGUUGUUGCAUCAGAAGUUAGUAAGAGUCGUGGAUCUGCUUCAUAUAUUGUUAUUCAACAAUGUACUAUUGCUAUUUUGAACAUUUUAUCAGAUUUAUAUUCUAAAAAGACUUAUUAUAUUCCAAUUCCAAUGAAUAUAUCAAGAACAAAAUCAAGGUUAGCAAUCUUGAGUGCAAAAGGUUCAUUAGAAUAUACAAGAGGUGGUGCAUUAUUUCAAGAAUCUAAACAAAUUUUACAAAAUAUUAUUAAUGAAUUGAAAAAUGAAAACAUUAAUGAAAUACCAGGUAAUUUAUCCAAGAAUUGUGUUUAUUUGAUUGAAAGUGCCAUUGAAGCUAUUAUUUCAUCACCAAGUAAUAAAGAUCAAAUAAGUAGGAAAUCAAGUGUUGAUCAUAAAUCUAAAAAGACAAACUCACCAUUGAAACAAGUUGAAAUGCAAAGAACAAGAGCAUAUUCUCAUAGUGGCCCAUCUCCAUUAUCUAAUAAUGUUCAAAAUUUUCAACAAAACUUGACAUCAACAACACCAUCUAUAAAGACAGAAUCUUCAGAACAAUUAUCAAACAUGUUAUCACAAUUAGAUUCAAUCCCACCAAUCUCAUUUGAUUCAAGCACUGCGGCUCAAAGAGUUCCAGUCAAUAGACAAAGAUCAGUUAGUGUUUCACAACCAACUCCACAACAUUUCAUUCCAUCACCAAAGGAUCAACAACAACAGCAAGCUUUCAAAUCAACAUACCUAGGAAGUAGCAGUAGUGGUGGACCACCAAGUAACAGUGGUGAUAGUGUGAAUAGUUUUGAAGAACAACAAACAAUGGAGUAUGAUUUUGGUGCAGAUGGUUCAUUAGGUUUAGCACCUUGGUUAGAUUUUGAUUUGAAUGGGUUUGAUUUCGGUGGUUAUAAUGUUAGUGUUAAUGGAGAAUUAACACCAAGUGAACAACAACAACAAUUGCAAAGCGGAUUCCAGGGGUCUAAUCCAGUACAAGUUAAGUUAGAACCUGAUUUAACUGGAGGUUCUCAUAGUUCUAAUGUUAGUUUUGGUCAACAGCAACAACAGGGACAAGCUCAAAGAAGUGGUAGUUUAUUUGAUUGGCAGAAUUCAAAUAUGGGAAUGUAG